GGGGUUGGGGAGGGAGCGGGCGGCUUUGCGAGGGGGCAGCGGCGGUGGCAGCAACGGGCAUCUGGCGGGAGGGGCCGCCGAACGUCGGGUGGGAAUCCCGGGAAGGGGGUCUCUGGGAACGGCGCGGGGGGCUCCGGGUGAAGCUGCGGGGAGUGGCGGUGCCGCGGGCGGUGCCGUCGGGGCGGCCGUCGGCGCGGCCAUGGGCGGAGUGCGGGGCGAGCUGCGGGCGCUGCUGUCGCUGGCCGCGGGGCUGCUGGCGUGCGGCGGGGCCAGCGAGUACGACUACGUGAGCUACCAGUCCGAUCUGGGCCCUUACCCCGGGGGUCGCUUCUACACCAAACCCCAUCAAUGCGUGGCCAUCCCCGCCGACCUGAGGCUGUGUCACAGCGUGGGCUAUGAUAAGAUGGUGUUGCCCAACCUGCUGGACCACGAGACCAUGGCCGAGGUGAAGCACCAGGCGAGCAGCUGGGUGCCGCUGCUCAACAAGAACUGCCAUAUGGGCACCCAGGUCUUCCUCUGCUCCCUCUUUGCCCCCGUCUGCCUGGACCGGCCGGUUUACCCGUGCCGUUGGCUCUGCGAGGCUGUGCGUGAUUCCUGUGAGCCCGUCAUGCAGUUCUUUGGCUUCUUCUGGCCGGAGAUGCUCAAAUGUGACCAGUUCCCACAGGAUGAUGUCUGCAUUGCCAUGACAGCUCCCAACGCCACCGAAGUCUCCAGGCCUAAAGGAACCACUGUGUGUCCACCGUGCGACAACGAGAUGAAGUCGGAGGCCAUUGUUGAGCACCUGUGUGCCAGCGAGUUUGCUCUUAAGAUGACCAUCAAGGAGGUGAAAAAGGAGAAUGGGGACAAAGUGAUCAUUCCACGGAAGAGGAAGGCGCUGAAGCUGGGGCCCAUCCGCAAGAAGAACCUGAAGAAGUUGGUGCUGCUCCUGAAGAAUGGGGCUGAUUGCCCCUGCCACCAGCUGGACAACCUUGGCCACCAUUUCCUCAUCAUGGGCCGCCAGGUGAAGACCCAGCAUCUUCUGACAGCCAUCUAUAAGUGGGACAAGAAGAACAAAGAGUUCAAGAAGUUCAUGAAGAAGGUGAAAGCUCCGGACUGCCCAACGUUCCCAUCUGUUUUCAAGUGACCCCCAUGGGGGCCAAACCUCCUCCCCCUCUCCCCCCCCUUUCUUCCUCAUCCUCAAAGCUCCCCCAGCCCCACCUCCUGCCCCAUGCCAGCAUUUCCCAGAGUGAGCACUGAGCAGAGCCCGAGGUCAUGGACCACAUACAUCUGCAAUAGCCAAAGACCCAUUGCUACGAGUUCAUGGAAAUAGCAGCAAAGGGGUUUGAGACCACAUGAUUUUGGAUGUGACCCUUGUGACCACCUGUAUUUGUGGCUGCAGGAGCACCCGAAUUCAUUCCUACAGGACCAGAUGCCUAUUGGAAAAAUAUUCCAUCCUGACAAUACAAGUUAAUAAACAAGUGAAGCAGCAUCCAUCGAACCCCUGAUAAAACCUCCUAGUAGCUAAUUGCCCUCAUGGUAAAUACAAAGCAACCAGUAUUCCAGUCUGAGUGCCUUUGGGUUGAGCCUCAGCCCUGGGACCUCAUGGUGCCCUGAUUUGCUGGGUCUCAUUCCCAACCAUUGCAUGGUCCCACACACCUGGCUGUGUCCCUCAGUGAGGCUCUGCCUGCUGGCUCGUGCCAUUGCUCAUUUUACCACCAAGAUUUCAUAGUUUCUUCAGGCCGCCAGCAAAAUAUUGCACUGCAGAAGGGCAAGGAGUGUUCCCUGUGGAGCAUCACAGGACUGCAUCAUCUCCGUGCUUCCUGCAGUUGUUGUGGGACUGAUUGGUGUCCAGGUUUUGAUGUGUGACAACUUGGUUUUGUAUGUACUGUUGUUUUUUUUUUUUCCUCUUGUCAUCAAAAUGUCCCAUUAGUGUGAGGUUGUGUCGUUUUAUGAAAGACAGUGAAUACUGCACCCAAAUGAUUACAUUUAUUGACCAGGCUGAAAUUCAUUAUUCUGUUAAUUGGACGUCUUCUUUUCUGCAUAGUCCCACAUUGCUGCGCAUUAAUUACACCAUCUUGCUUCUAUUCAUCAUUCUCAUCCAUCAUGAUUGCUCUUAAGAGAAUGACUGUCUUAAAACUUGAAAUAAUCCUGUAGCUUUGCAGUUAACUGUGCUCAGAUCUGGUGAAUGAAUUGUUUCUCUGGCUCGGGAGCGCCGUGUGUUUCUUUCAUGACUGAACCAUGGACUUUAUUGUAGAUAAACUCCCUAAAUAUGCUGAGCACCCUGAUGAAUGCUGCUUCAGAACUAGCAGAGAGAUGGAUUUAGGAUGUGAACUCUUUAGAAAAUCCCACUAAGUGUCUUAGACCACAGCGUGUAUUAGCAUUGUUACUGUGAUGCAAAGUUAAUCAUUGUAGAUAAUGUACUUUAUCAGUGAAUUAAGAAAAAAAAAAGAGCAAAACCACAAAAAAGAUCCACCCUAAGCUUUAGAAGCAGCUCAGGGCUUCUGAACUGAGCUGUGUGUGAUGUUUCAGACAUGGUGUGUUGGGCAUCUCCAUAUACCUGGAUGGUCGUGGUACCACCCUGCUGCCAAACUGCUGUGGGAUCUGCCAGCAGUUGUGUGCAGAUGGAGCAGGCAGAGCCCCUGUGCAUCACUGCUUCCCUUGUGCUCUCUUUGUACGUGGAGGAUUUAAUAAUAAUAA